GACCAAUUUCUUUUAAGUUUUAAGAUAUUAAACGAUUUAUUUGAACCAAGUGAUAUGUGAUUUAAAAUGCCUGUAUUGGUUAGAAACUGUACAGUAGAUGGCGAACUUUGCCAAGUUUCACGGGAUCCAGUUGGCUACAGGGUCACCAAGCGCGCGCCUCAGUAUUUCCCGCGCAAAGCAAUUAGGCUACACAAAUGUGUGCUUCAGUUUUUCACUUUUCGACUUCUUCUUCUUCCUUUGUUCCGUGACACAUGAAACCUGAUAUUUGUAGAUGCUGUAAAUCACUUCUGAUGACAACAGUUUAUUUUGGUUCAGGGCAGGAUGUAAAGUGAUAUAUGCACAUCUGAGGAUGAUCAGUUUCCUGAAAGGAAAUGAAUGACAGUACGAUAAAAGUCCCCCAGAUACAAGCCCUGCCCUGAAUAAAAUGCAGGAAAGGACUGAGCCACCCCACCAAAGAGCAGGCAGACAGCAAGGCACAGAGAGUGAGAGAGAGAAAGACACCCAUUUACAGCUUUACUGCCUUGUUGAGUCCGUCAGACUUACUCUCACUGCCACCUCUAUCUUAUCCUCUCCCUCUCUUUCUCUUGGUAGUCUUUUUUAAUCAUUCUCUUACACAGACACACAGACACUCAUUGAAAUACACUCAUUCAACUCAGCUCAUUCACAGGCACAGGUCAGGCAGCCUCACUUUUUUUUUUUUUUACCUUGCUCUGCCCCUGGCUGAGAGGAAAGAGCCCUGCAAGGUGCAGGCAUCACACAGGACACAGGACCCCGCAACUCUAUCAGCUUGGACUGAGGGACCUGGAUACUCCAGGACAAUCUAACAAGAUUGAGACAUUUCUUUGGGAUGGAAUUGCAAAGUUCUCAUUCAUCAUUCUGAAGAGCAAGACCAACAGACAGCUUGUUAAAAGACUAAAGUGAUACACUUGAGUUUGAUAUUGUUCACUCAGGAUUUUUCUACCCUCUCUUCCCAUGCUCCUGCUUAUGGGUUCUGCGUGAGGCAGAGUGCCCUGCGAAGACCAGCAUCAUGCCGACUACUUCUGCAAGGUGCACCUUGGGAGUCUGACCCAUCAUGUGCAAAUGGACACCUACUACCGCUGGUCUCCAUUGCGACCUCACCUUUGCCGGCUCAGCCCUCUCUUCUUAUCCUUUUCCCUUGUUAUGCCUAUCCCUACUCUUUCUGGCUUGCUCUUCUCUUGGAGGUUGCCCACCUGCACUGGGGCAUGACCCCCUUCAUGCGCUGGCACAGGGCACAAACUGCUCAUGGACACUGGAGCGGCACACGCGCAGCUAUAACCACCUCGAAGGUGACGUCCGCCUUCGGCGCCUCUAUUCCGCCAACAAGUUCUUUCUCUGCAUCGACAAGACAGGCAAGGUGGAUGGCACCCGUCGGAAGAAUUACCCUGACAGUCUGAUGGAAAUCCGAUCUGUCAGUGUGGGAGUUGUCGCCAUCAAAUCUGUCAGCACUGGCCUGUACUUAGCUAUGUCCAAAAAGGGAACGCUCUUCGGAUCGGUCAGAUACAGCCCAAGCUGCAAGUUCAAAGAGCGCAUCGAAGAGAAUGGCUAUAACACCUACGCCUCCCUGCGCUGGAAGCACAGGGGGAGGCAGAUGUUCGUGUCGCUGAAUGGCCGAGGGAAACCCCGCAGAGGCCACAAAGCUAGACGGAGACACCCAUCUACUCAUUUCCUCCCUAUGCUGGCCACAUAGCUGGACUCUUCCUCAUGAGCAAUGCUAUGCCAUCUGCAUUUGAUGGGGACUUAUUAAAUGUUAUUAAGGUCCGGUUUGUCUUUUUUUUUUUUUUUUUUUUUUUUUGUCCCUGAGAACUGUCCCACAGUACAUUAACUUAUUACUCUGGCUCAGCUUAAGACCCAGUACAGUUUAAAGCAAGGAUGUUAAUAUGAUGUAUAUACAGGUUACGUAUUAAUGUUAUUGUUGAGUUAACUAGGCAUUUACUGCAUCUAUCUGUUAUCCCAUUAUGGCAGAUUUCUGACUGACAUCAACCUAGUCUUAUUGUAAAAAUAUACUGUACAUAAAAUUCACUGCAGUUUCCAACUGAAAUUAACACUAGUGGCAGUAAAACGGUAACAUUCUUUUAUUCCUUUUCACACAUAUUAUGAUUAUAAGGCAUUUUGUCCAUUAUAAAAGACUGUGCUCUUCUCAUCUUAAGACAAAGAAACUUUCAAAACAGCUUUUACCACACUGUAUGUAUCAUGGUUUCUACAAAAAUAUUAAGCAGCACAACUGUUGUAAACAUUUAUAAUAAUGAGAAAUGUUUUUGAAGCAUAAAAUCUGCAUAUUAAAAUGAUUUCUGAAGGAUCAUGCGACACUGCAGACUAAUGGCUGGUGAAAAUGCAGCUUUGAAUUCAGCAAUAAAUUAAAUUUUAAAAUAUACUAAAAUAUAGAAAACAGUUCCUUUAAAUGAUAAUGUUGUCAAUACUGUUUUACGGUAUUUUGGAUCAAAUAAAUUCAGCAUUGGUUGAGCAUGAGACAUGAAAAAAUAUCUUAUAAACGGCAGUGUGUUUGUUCAAAUAUGUGAAACACGACGCUCAACAGAUGACCUCAAAGUGUAGUAUAGAAAUGUUAAAAUGUCAUGGUUAUUUCAGUGUAGUUAUUUGCUCACACUGUUGGAAGGGUUAAGUGUAGGGGAUAUGUUUUCUUUAUUUCGCAGUCAAUAUAGAAUUAAACUUUUAGCGCCACUCACCUGACAUUUCAUUUCCGAUUUGCCGUAAUAUGUCUGUAGGAACCAGUUGUGGCUUGAAGGGAUACCACUAAAACCGCAAGCUAACAAUAGAUUAAAUUUUCUAACUAUUAGAUUGUGUGUUAUUAACAUCUACACAUACACCUACCCCAACCCUAAACCUACCCCUUACAAUAAUGCAAAAACAGUAAUUAUUGUUGUACUGUACAUUGUGACAAGAAUUAUCCUAUAUUGAUGUGCGCAUGCCCAGUUGAAUAAUCUGUAGCCAUUUAGCCUUAUUAACCGUAGGAACCAGUGAAUUGUGUCACGUUCGUUUGUUCCGGUGAAAACUAAACGCACCAUUUCACUUGGGAACUGCAGUGAUACAUGUAAAAACCAACGCAAUAUCAUUUUGAAAAUCUGCCACCAUGGGCUUUUUUUUUCAUGAGACUGGGCUGGACAUCACAGUUGGUGACUGGUCAUAAAAGCAACUACAGGAAGUGGUUGUUUGAAAAAAAAAAAGAAAAAAACAUCCAUAAAAAACUGUUGCAUCUUGAAAUAGGAACUUGGCAGUUACAGUAUCAGUAUGAAAGUACAGAAAAAAUUGUGACUUUAAAAAAAUUUAAAAUCUCUAGUUAAUUUCUUGUAGUUGGAAUGUUGUAGCAACAAGAUUCACACAUAUUACCCUGCCAACAUGCACUGUAAAGACCAAUAAUGCAAAAUAGAGGAACAUACAACAUCAAAGAUAGACAAAAUUCAGGCAAAUACAAAUAGAUGAAGUACUCCGAUCAACUUUUAGCAUAGCAGACUUCCUGUAACUCUCUGAAAAGGUGUUUUAUACCCAUGUGUUCUUACUGUCACAUUAACAUGUUUUCUUUUCACAACUUGUCGUAAAAUAGAACAUUUAAUAUAUUUCAAUCUUUUGAACUCUACUGUUCAGUUGUGAUGUGAUUGUCUAUGAUUUGUCCUUCGCAACCACAGUCUGCUCCAUGUAUUGGUGAGAAUCUGGCUCCCUCCACGUGCCACCGACCACAACUACAUGUUCUGCCUACUAAUGAUCAACAUCACCUGCUGAGUGGUUAGCCGUGGCAAAAAGUCCAAAGAUGCUGUCCAAAAAGGCAGAAUUCUAGCCGCGCUAAUGGAAGCUUCAUCUGUUUGAGUCAAAACAGGGGUCUGCUUUCACCUGUUGCUGGCAGUCGCUAAAAAGCUCCGGAGACUUCUAUGCCCAUCUCGCCUGUUAGGCAAAAAGUAAAAGGAUUUUAUUCACUGUGUGAAAUGUUGGUUGACAUUUUGAGUAGCUAUACGUGUUUGAACAAGGCGAUGACACUAAUGGGGUAUACUGAAGCAUGUGCAUAUACUGUAUAUCAUAUUACAGGAGUGCUGUGGUUUAUUAGCCUCA